GAGCUUAAACCAGAUAAAAGUAAAGCAAAAAAUUGGGAAAUAGAACGUUCUUAUAAGCAAGUCCAUAUCUAUCAACCAAUCGUUACAGAGAAUUUAACCAGAACUAUUGCUACUGGAACUGUCAAUGGCGGUAUCUUAAAUGGACUGCCCAUGUCAAUGUAUGAAAUAGCAGACAGGAAGAAUUCCAAGAGAAAAGCUACUAAUGAUGAUACAGAUAAGGACAAUAAAUAUGCAUCAACAUCACCCACAAAAAAGUUUUUUCAAAGCUCCACUAAACAAAAUCAAACCAAUGCGACUAUAAAAUGGCGAAAAUCAGAUGAUGAAGACAUUCCUAACGAGGAGGAUGAGAUAUGGUUAAAUUAUCAAUAUUAA